AGGAAUGACACAGGACCCUAUGAGUGUGAAACCCAGAACCCAGUGAGUGCCAGCCACAGUGACCCACUCACCCUGAAUAUUUCCUAUGGCCCGGAUGCCCCCAUCAUGAAGCCCCCAGACUCACAUUUCUGUCCUGGGACAAAUCUCAACCUCUCCUGCCACGCAGACUCUAACCCGCCUGCUCAGUUCUCUUGGUCUUUCAAUGGGAGGCCCCUGGAAUACACACAAGAGCUCUCAGUCCCCAACCUCUCUACAAAUAAUAGCAGAUCCUAUGUGUGUGUCGCCCAUAACUCUGUCACUAACCUCAAUAGGACCACAACCAAGAAUAUUACUAUCUCUGAUAAGUGGACCCUGGAGCACAGGCUUGUGGCCCAGCCCUCCCUCAGAGCCACCAACACAGAACCACACUCUGUGGCCCUGACCUGCCUCUCAGGGGACCCUGGAAUCUCCAUCACGUGGAUCCUCAACAGCCAGACUCUGCAGCUCACAGACAGGAUGCAGCUGUCCCCGGACCACAGGACCCUCAGCAUAGACCCCGUCAGACAGGAGGAUGCCGGGGAGUAUCAGUGUGAGGCCUCCAACCCCGCCAGUUCCACCAGGAGUGACCGCUACAGACUGGCUGUGAUCU